GCUGCUGCUGCUGCUGCCGCUGCUGCUAACGUCUCUCGUUUGUCCGCUGCUGACUAUCAAUGCAGGCGCGAUUUUCGCUGCGUCGCCACUUGCUUGCAGAAUACAUAAUAGCGAGUAGUUGGAUACGUUAUCCAGCGCGAUUUGUCUUGUUGGGUCCUCCAAUAACUCAGCUGUCGGCAGUGAUGGCGAUGAUUCACGGGAAGUUGUCAGCGAAGGAGAGAGAGACCUCUUCCACUGCAAAGCAGCGAAAGCCUUGCGCAACCCAGCCAAGACCUACAGCGGUCCGUACAGCAGCAGCAGCCGCCGCAGAAUCAGCAGCAGGAUCAGUACCAGCACCGGCAGCAGCUGAUUCUGAGAGUUCUAUGCUGCCCGACACCGGCGCUACCACCACCCAGCUCUUGAACGGAGACUCGACGAACAAUAACGAGGCGUCCGUCGCUCCGGGCGUCGAAGCUCCUGCGAGCGACGACGUAGAGGGGAGGCCGACGCGGCGAAACAAGCGAGCAUGCGCGGCGGCAGCGCCGGGGACGGACAGAGGCGGGACGACGGAGCCGCGCUACAAGUGCGUCGCGUGCCCGGCGGCGUUCGAGCUCAAGCGCCAACUGAAGGGUCACAUGGACGCGAAGCAUCGCGGAGAGAAACCCUACCACUGCCGCGUGGGCGACAUGUCGUUCCCGAAGCAGAAGACGAUGCGGGCGCACCUCGCUACGCACACGGGCUCGCGCACGCACCGCUGCCCGACCUGCUCGGCGACGUUCCUGCGACGCGGCAACCUCAAGGAGCACCUGCGCACGCACACACGCGACCGUCCGCACGUGUGCCACGUGUGCGACGCCGCGUUCGCCCGCAAGUCCAACAUGCGGCAGCACAUGCGCACGCACAGCCCAACGCCGCUCGCGCGCCCCUACAAGUGCGACGCCUGCGACGCCGCCUUCGCGCAGAAGUACCGCCUGCAGACACACUGGAGUACGCACUCGGGCGAGAAACCGUACGUGUGCGGCGACUGCUUGGCGUCGUUCUCCCAGAAGGGUGACCUGAAGCGACACCGACUGAUCCAUACGGGGGAGAAGCCGUUCGCGUGCGAGGUGUGCGGGCUGUCGUUCCCGCGCAGCUACACGCUCGUGCAGCACAUGCGCACGCACACGGGAGAGAAGCCGUACAAGUGCAGCGAGUGCGCGGCGUCGUUCACGCAGACCUGCCACCUGAAGACGCACAUGUACCAGCACACGGGCGAAAAGCCCUAUCGCUGCAAGGAGUGCUUCGCCUCGUUCAGCUACUCGUCCCACCUGAAGAUCCACAUGCGCAUUCACACGGGGGAGAAGCCGUGCGUGUGCGAGGUGUGCGCGGCAGCGUACGCCGACCCCAGCACGCUGCGCAGGCACAUGCACACGCACCUCGGCGAAAAGCCGUACAAGUGCGAUCAUUGCGCGGCUGCUUUCUCGCGCAAGGGCGACCUCAGCAAGCACGUGAUGGUGCACGCCGCGGAGCUGACCUACCGCUGCGCCGCCUGCCUCGCAUGCUUCUCCUCGCGAGAGCAGCUCGCCGCGCAUGCGCGCGCGCACAAGACUCGCCCCACCACCACCGGCUCCCCCUCUCCCGGCGCCGGCACGCGGGGAAAGGCGGCGUACGCCGACCCCAGCACGCUGCGCAAGCACAUGCACACGCACCUCGGCGAAAAGCCGUAUAAGUGCGAUCGCUGCGCGGCUGCUUUCUCGCGCAAGGGCGAACUCAGCAAGCAGGCGGUGGUGCACGCCACGGAGCUGACCUACCGCUGCGCCGCCUCCCCCGCAUGCUUCUCCUCGCGAGAGCAGCUCGCCGCGCACGCGCGCUCGCACAAGACUCGCCCGCCGGCGCCCCCUCCUCCGCCCCCGUCGACAGCCCCAACACCGGCUCCCCCUCUCCCGGCGCCGGCGCGCGGGGACAAGCCGUACGCUCACAAGUUCGGCGCGUGUCCCGCGGCGUUCACCGAGCGAGACCACCUCGCUCAGCACCUCCGCACGCACGCCGAGGACCGCUACCGCUACCCCGCCUGCGUUCCCGGCCGCAUUUCCCGCGCUGGACUACCUCGCCGCGCAGCAUCCCGUCGCCGAGAAGCCAUACAAGUGUCACCUGUGCGCAGCGGCGUACGUCGAGCGAGACCACCUGGCGCAGCACCUGCGCGUUCACGGAGCCGCGGCGGCAGCGACGGACAAGCAGUACAUGUGAAGCGAUCGGCCCGUACAGCAGCAGCAGCAGCAGCAGAAUCUGUACCAGCACCGGCAGCAGCUGAUUCUGAGAGUUCUAUGCUGCCCGACACCGGCGCCACCACGCGGCAGAUGACACGCGCUACCACCAACCAGCUCUUCAACGGAGACUCGACGAACAAUACCGAGGGGUCCGUCGCUCCGGGCGUCAAAGCUCCUGCGACCAACGACGCAGCGGGGAGGCUGACGCGGCGAAACAAGCGAGCGUGCGCGGUGGCAGCGCCGGCGACGGACGGAGGCGGGACGACGGAGCCACGCUACAAGUGCGUCGCGUGCUCGGCGGCUUUCGAGCUCAAGCGCCAACUGAAGGGUCACAUGGACACGAAGCACCGCAGCGAGAAACCCUACACGGGCUUGCGCGCGCACCGCUGCCCGACCUGCUCGGUGACCUUCCUGCGACGCGGCAACCUCAAGGAGCACCUGCGCACGCACACGCGCGAUUGUCCACACUUGAGCCGCGUGUGCGACGCCGCGUUCGCCCGCAAGUACAACAUGCGGCAGCACAUGCGCACGCACAGCCCAACGCCGCUCGCGCGUCCCUACAAGUGCGACGCCUGCAACGCCGCCUUCGCGCAGAAGUACAGCCUGCAGACACACUGGCGUACGCACUCGGGCGAGAAACCGUACGCGUGCGGCGACUGCUUGGCGUCGUUCUCCCAGAAGGGUGACCUGAAGCGACACCGACUGAUCCAUACAGGGGAGAAGCCGUUUGCGUGCGAGGUGUGCGGGCUGUCCUUCCCGCGCAGCUACACGCUCGUGAAGCACAUGCGCACGCACACGGGAGAGAAGCCGUACAAGUGCAGCGAGUGCGCGGCGGCGUUCACGCAGACUUACCACCUGAAGACGCACAUGUACAAGCACACGGGCGAAAAGCCAUAUCGCUGCGAGGAGUGCUUCGCCUUGUUCAGCUACUCGUCCUACCUGAAGAUCCACAUGCGCAUUCACACGUAGUUUCUGUCCAAUCACUAAUGCGUUAUUUCGUAAUGACUCCAGUCAGGGUACAUAGUGUGUAAAGUCAAUCUAGAGUAU